UUCUGCUGCUGCAGCUGCUUCUAACAGAAGAAGAAGAAGAAGAAGAAGGCCGGGCUAUGAUUCUAGACGGCCCGUUGUGCGGCUCGAAUUUGGCCCAUAAAGCCCAGCGCUGUCGGGAAGGGCCUGAUGAACUCGGGGUGGGCUGCCUGGGCUCGGACGAUCCUUGUCGAUUCAAUUCCCGGGCGAAGUGUACCCACGAUCCGCUUCUUCCUCCCCUCCCUCCCUCUCUCUCUGCGGGCGAUCGCAGCCACGGCGGCGGAGGGCCGGGGAUCCAUCGAUGGGCAACGCGAGCGGGAGGCUGGAGGACGUCGCGGACGCCGAGAUGGACGAGGGCGGCGGCCGCGGGCGCGCCUCGUCGACGGGGUACGUCGGGAGGAUCGGAGGCGGCGGCGGAGGAGGAGGAGGAGGGCCGUCGUCCCCGCCGAGCAGCCCCCCGCGGCCGCACUCGCCGCGCAUGUUCGUGCCCCAGAGUCCUGUGACUCCGCUGCAACGAGCGACGGACGUGCCGCCGCCGGUGUUCAACCAGAUACUGAUGCGCGACCAGCAGCAGCACGACGACUCCGAUGGCCCUCCUCAGAAGCGGAUCCCCACCCUUCUCCUCUGGCCUCACGGGGGCAAGAGCAUCCACGUCGAAGGCUCAUGGGAUAACUGGACAUCAAAGAAGCCUGUUCAGAAAUCCGGGAAGGACCACACCAUCUUGCUCGAGCUCCUGUCCGGGGUGUACCGGUACCGGUUCGUCGUCGACGGCGAACAGCGGUUCCUGCCCGACCUCCCCUGCGAGACCGACAACAACGGCAACAUCGUCAACCUCCUCGACGUCAACGAUUUCGUGCCGGAGAGCGUGGAGAGCGUGUCGGAGCUGAUGGCGCCGGCGUCCCCGGACUCAAGCUACGGGUUCCAGGCGCCCGAGGACAAGGAGUUCGCCAAGGAGCCCCCCGCACUCCCAGCGCAGCUCUACCUCGGCGUGCUCAACUCCCGGACGACGACGUCCAGCUCGUCGGGCUCGACAUCGGAGCAGCGGUCGGAGUGCGCGCGGCCGAAGCACGUGGUGCUGAACCACCUGUACAUCGAGAAGGGGUGGGGAGCGCAGCCGCUGGUGGCGCUGGGACACACCCACCGGUUCCGGUCCAAGUACGUCACCACCGUCCUCUACAAGUCCAUCCAGCGAUGAUGAUACCUAAAGCUAAAGCUAUAAAUGCUGCCGUUGCAGAAUGGAAUUUCCAGAAGAAAAAAAAUUCGUCCCGUAGAGACCAUUUAGCUUUUCUCCUUGUCUUGUCUUUCUGGUUUGUGGAUAUAUAAGUUGUUUUGGGAUUUUUGGGUGAUUUUUUCUUGAGGAGAUCGAACACAGUAUUGAUAUGUUCACUGUCCGGCCAGAUCGAAUAAAA